UUUUCCAAUUUAAUUUUGCUUUUAAUCUCUUUUAUUUUUUAUUUUUUUCUAUCACCGAGAACGACAUCGGAGACUUGAGAGCGGCGACGAGCUUCACCGGCGCUGGUUCACGUCGGCCCUCUCAAUCUCCAUUAUUCUCGGUUGAAUAAAAAAGCUUCAAAAAAAAGAAGAAAAUUCGAAAAUUCACGAAAAUUAAAUAUUAACUUUUGAUUUACUUUGAUUUUUCCAUAUUUGAAUUCUUCCAGAUCUUAUGAUUCUUUGUUCUUCGUUCUCGUGGCGGUUUCUGAAUUGUUGAUGCGACGAUCUCAUGCCCGUUCUAGGGUGAAGAAUAGUAGUAAAACCGAUAUGGAUCCGAUUAAGUUCCAGAUCCGUUCUGGGAACCGAGCAUCGUCUUCUUCAUCGACCUACACGCUAACGAAAUCGAAUUCAAAACACGCGAAAUCGAAUCUCAUGUUAACCGUUGCUUCUAUAUCUAUAGUGUUUGGGUUUCUCUUUCUAUUCUAUUCAAUUUUGUUCUCCGGUGGUAAUCUGAGAGGAUCGCUUCGUUAUAGCGUCGUGAUCGACGGUGGAAGUACAGGGACACGAAUCCAUGUGUUUGGGUACCGGAUUGAGUCGGGUAAACCGGUUUUUGAAUUCAGAGGAGCGAAUUACGCUAGUUUGAAGUUGCAUCCUGGUUUAUCGGCGUUUGCUGAUGAUCCUGAUGGAGCGAGUGUGUCAUUGACGGAGCUGGUUGAGUUUGCGAAAGGGAGGAUUCCGAAAGGAAUGUGGAUGGAGACUGAAGUUAGGUUAAUGGCGACGGCGGGAAUGAGAUUGCUUGAAUUACCUGUUCAGGAGAAGAUUCUGGGAGUUGCUAGAAGAGUUCUUAAAUCUUCUGGGUUCUUGUUUCGUGAUGAAUGGGCUUCUGUUAUAUCUGGAUCUGACGAAGGUGUAUAUGCUUGGGUUGUUGCAAACUUUGCUCUCGGUUCACUUGGCGCUGAUCCUCUUAAAACAACCGGGAUUGUUGAACUCGGCGGGGCUUCUGCUCAGGUGACAUUUGUGUCUAGUGAGCCAAUGCCUCCUGAGUUCUCACGUACAAUAUCAUUUGGAAAUGUUUCAUACAAUCUCUACAGUCACAGCUUCCUUCAUUUUGGGCAGAAUGCUGCACAUGAUAAGUUAUGGGGUUCACUUCUCUUAAGAGACCAUAAUCCAGCUAUGGAAUCUACACGGGAAAAAAUAUUUACAGACCCUUGUGCUCCAAGAGGGUAUAACCUCGAUGCAAACACACAGAAGCAUUUGUCUGGACUUUUAGCUGAAGAAAGCAGAAUCUCAGAUUCUUUUCAAGCUGGGGGUAAUUACUCACAGUGUCGAUCUGCUGCACUAAAUAUCUUGCAAGAAGGAAACGAGAAGUGCUCGUAUCAGCAUUGUUCUAUUGGAUCAACUUUCACGCCUAAGCUUCGAGGAAGAUUUUUAGCUACAGAAAACUUCUUUUACACCUCUAAGUUCUUUGGGUUGGGAGAAAAGGCGUGGCUGUCUAAAAUGAUUUCAGCCGGAGAGAGAUUCUGUGGAGAAGAUUGGUCGAAGUUGAGAGUAAAAGACCCAUCACUCGAUGAAGAGGAUAUUCUUCGGUACUGUUUCUCAUCUGCAUAUAUUGUGUCAUUGCUUCACGAUACAUUUGGCAUUCCUCUUGAUGAUGAAAGAAUCGGAUUUGCGAAUCAAGCAGGAGAUAUACCGCUCGAUUGGGCUUUAGGUGCAUUCAUUCUACAGACUGCAACAGAGACCUCUCAACAUUCAUCCUCUGAUAACCUCCAUUGGUUCCAUGCUCUGUUCAGUCAUGACUCGAAGCUGCUUCACUAUAUCAUCGGGAUACCGAUCCUUAUGACAGCUUUAGUAUAUUUGGUAACUAAGUGGAGAAAACCGCAGCUGAAAACGAUUUACGACCUUGAGAAAGGUCGGUACAUAGUCACUCGGAUUAGAUGAUCUUGGUUUAAACCCGUUUUGCGCAAGAUUCUUGCCUCUCAAAAAGCUUUUGAUUGUGAAAGUUUCUAAUGGAGUGGAGAUAAAGUAAGCCAGCAUCUGAGUGAUAUCAAGUUAUCAACGGCUUAGCAAUUUCCAUUUUACUGGGAAUGAUGGGGGUAGAUGAGUAAAUUCGUAUAUUGUGUGGGGGUUUAUGCGUAAUUUCUAUGUUUUAGAAGGGUCCGCAAUGAAGUCCUGUUUAGAUUAUUAACACUUGUAUGGUCAAAAUAUAAUUUUUAACCUCGAUAAUAUAGUUUUAUUUUUAUAAAAAAUGAUACGUCUACUUUUGGAAUCA